AUGGCAACAAACAAUGUUGAAGACACAUUUCCAACUUUGGCAACAAACAAUGUUGAAGCCCUAGCUGAAAUCACCCAAUCCCUAAUGGACGAGGAGAUCGUUGAGCUUAUUGUAUUUAAUUUUAUGGUACAAAUUGAAGACCAUUGGGGAAUAGUAAACCUUGAUGCAAUGCUAGAACAGUACUGUAACGAUGCUAAUAAAAUAAUAAGUUUUGCAAAAACACAGCUAGAGACCCAAGACCCUCCAUACAAACUCAUUGAUGACAUGCUUGAUAAGUUGGAAGAAGAUAGCCUAAAAGUUGCAGCAAAGAAGGUACACAUGUCUGUUAGACCUGUAAGACUAUGUUUGACCGGUGAUCUUGAAGACCUUGAUGUUGCCAAGUCUGCAUUAGGUACCCUGGAACGAGACAACCAAAUGUUCGAAUCCCAGAUUCGAAAAUUCAUUGAGCUGAAGAAGCAGGUGUAUCUGUUUGAUAGGGCUGCAGCAGCAAAGUCACAACCAGAGAGUAGUAAGCAAGGCGAAGAUAAAGGCAAAAAGGAGUAA